AUGUACAACAUUUGGCUUGCGGAUAUGUAUCUAGCAUUUGGCCUAACCAAUGACUCGCCGCCACCGCUCCCGUCGCUCCCAAACUGUACAGGGGGUGCUUAUUUCCACAGGGAUUCCUUCCAGGAGCUUAGUGGAGCCGUUGAAGUCGUUCGCGGGCCAGAAGCCUUGAAAGCCGAGCAGGCAACUGCGCAGUCAGAGAGCGCAACCUUGUCAAGUUGUUCGAACAAUCUCACCGGUAACAUAGCAGCAAGUCCUCUUUGCUCCUGA